GUAGUUCCCCGGAAAUACCGCCAGGAGUUAUUGAGGAUUGGGCACGACGUACCCUUGGCAGGCCAUUUGGGAAUACGCAAGACAGGGUAUCGGAUAACCCAGAACUUCUUCUGGCCUGGGGUGUCCGACGACGUCAGGGCGUAUUGUCAAACGUGCGAGGUAUGCCAACGUAUAGGUAAAAAGGGAGACCACCCAAAGGCUAAACUAGUUUCCAUGCCCAUUAUUGAAGAACCGUUCACAAGGGUAGCCGUGGACAUUAUAGGGCCCCUGGCCCAACCUAGCCGUUCCGGCAAGCGGUAUAUACUCACCAUAGUAGACUACGCCACCCGUUACCCCGAAGCGGUAGCUCUCUCUAACAUACAGGCUGAGACCGUAGCAGAGGCCCUAGUUAAAGUAUUUUCCCGAGUAGGCUUUCCCAAGGAGGUUCUGUCCGACCAAGGUACCCAAUUCACGGCCGAGGUAACCCAGCAGAUAUGGAAAACCUGUGGAGUUAAAUCCCUGACUAGCUCCCCAUACCAUCCCCAGACUAACGGCCUGUGCGAGCGCUUCAACGGAACGCUAAAGCAAAUGUUGAAGUCGUUCACGGGGGCAUACAAGGAUUGGGAGCGAUUCCUGCCACACCUUCUCUUUGCCUACCGAGAGGUGCCGCAGGAAUCGACCGGAUUCUCACCCUUCGAACUUCUCUAUGGGAGGCGGGUGAGGGGGCCCUUAGAUCUCAUCUUACUAGAAACAAAACAGGCCACAUUCUCUCAGGAGCCUGGAUACACACUCCUAGCCAUACACAAGGUAGAGACUCCAGGACAGGCACCCCUGAGACAGCCUCCCUACCGUAUCCCCGAAGCAGUCCGGGAAGGGAUGCGGAAGGAGAUAGAUGAGAUGCUUCGGCUAGGCGUAAUCGAACCCUCAGAAAGUCCUUGGGCCUCGCCGGUAGUCUUAGUGCCAAAGAAGGAUGGGACAACCCGCUUCUGUGUAGAUUACCGGCGCCUCAAUGACAAGACAGUUACGGACGCCUAUCCGAUGCCACGGAUGGACGAGCUGCUUGACCGUAUCUCUGCAGGGAAGUAUCUGACCACAAUAGACCUAUGCAAGGGAUAUUGGCAGAUUCCCCUAGCAGAAGAUGCCAUACCCAAGUCGGCCUUCAACCCGUUCGGCCUAUACCAAUUCCGGGUUAUGCCGUUCGGGAUGAAGAACGCCCCGGCCACCUUCCAACGGAUGGUGGAUCAGUUACUUAGGGGUCUCCAGAGCUUUGCAGGCGCUUACCUGGAUGACAUCGCCAUCCACAGCGAUACCUGGGAAGCGCACCUAGAGCACGUAGGGGUAGUAUUAGAUAGGAUCAGGGGGGCCGGGCUGACCCUGAAACCCGACAAAUGUCACUUGGGUAUGGGCGAGGUACAAUAUUUGGGCCACCGAGUAGGAUGUGGUAAGCAACGGCCGGAGCCGGCUAAGAUCGAGGCCGUUGCCAAUUGGCCCACUCCCCACACCAAGACACAAGUCAUGGCUUUCUUAGGCACAGCCGGCUAUUACAGACGCUUUGUACCCGACUAUAGUGCCCUGGCCAAACCCCUGACCGACUUGACCAAAAAGAAGCUACCCCGACAAGUCCUGUGGUCCCCGGAAUGCGAGGUGGCUUUCCAAGCACUAAAGACUGCUCUGGUUAAUGCUCCGGUGUUGGUUACGCCAGAUCCUAACAAAAGAUUUAUUGUCCAUACAGACGCUUCAAUGUUUGGACUGGGGGCAGUACUAAGCCAGAUCGGGGAGGAUGGAGGAGAGCACCCGGUGGCAUACCUGAGUCGGAAGCUGUUGCCAAGGGAGGUCAGUUAUGCCACCAUUGAAAAAGAGUGUUUGGCCUUGGUAUGGGCACUCAAAAAGCUCACACCUUACCUUUAUGGCCGGGCGUUCACUCUCAUCACCGAUCACAACCCCUUGGUGUGGCUUAACCGGGUUUCAGGGGACAACGCCCGUUUGCUACGCUGGAGCUUGGCCUUACAGCCCGUUUAUCUGUCCAUCUUCCAUGAUGAGAGCUUGGGUGGCCAAGAAAUCAUCCCACCAGGAAUCUUUCCAAAAGGGCCUAUGGGAGAAAAGGAGUCUACCUCCUCUGUUAAAUCCAGACCCAGGAAGUGCGGCGUCUGUUCUAAGCGCCUUCCCUCCUCAGGGUCCAAACUGCUGUGUAAGGACUGCACCUCUACCGUGGUGAAGGCGGAGUCCUCUAGUUUUAUGGAAGAGAUUAAUACUCUGCCUCGCCAGGGCCACAGACCACCCUCCUCCAGAGGCCCUGACUACUCUGGGAGUGACCUGGACUCGACCGACUCUGAAUUAUCAGAUGUGGAAACUACUGCUAGAUCUCUGGAAUCGGAGAAAAGUAGCAAGUACAGGAGAUUCCUCUUUAACCCAGAAGAUAUCGACAAAUUGAUCCGAACUAUCAGGGCCACUAGUAGCAUGGAGAUCCCUAAGAGGUCCAAGUCAGUCCAGGAGGAGAUUUUCGGGGGGUUAGGGGAGAGGCACAAGUCGGUGUUUCCGGUCCCGGACAAUGUCCAGAAGAUGAUACGGGCUGAAUGGGAGAAGCCGGAGAAGGGUUCCUUUAUCCCAUGGGGUCUUAAGAGGCGAUACCCCUUCGACGAAGCAGACUGUGCCGAUUGGGAAGUCAUUCCCAGGGUUGACGCUCCCAUUGCCAAGGUAGCAAAACGGACGGUCCUACCAUUUGAGGAAGCGGCACAGCUCAAGGACCCUCUAGAUAGGAAAGCCAAGAGCCUACUCAAGAAAACAUGGAAGGCUACAGCAGCUCUCCUAAAACCGGGGGUAGCAGCAACGUGCGUUGCUCGUACACUUGCAGUGUGGCUUGAACAACUAGAGUGCCAUAUAGCAAAUAAGACCCCUUGGGAGGAGAUCCUGGACAGUCUUCCUCUUUUAAUGAAGGCCACUUUCUUCCUUGCCGAUGCCGCCGCAGAAUCGGUUAGACUAUCUGCCCGCACGGCGGUCCUUUCCAAUACUACCAGACGGGUACUGUGGCUUAAGGCCUGGUCGGGCGAUACCGUCUCAAAGAACAGGCUGAUAUCUCUACCUUUUCACGGUCAGUAUGUGUUCGGGUCCGACCUGGACAAUAUCCUUGAGAACGCCACGGACCAGGUUCGUCCUGACCAAGCUCCCCAGGGGCCUCAAGUCUCCUUUAUCCGAGGGCGUAAGAAACUUAUUACGCCUGGGGGCAGUAGAAAGGGUCCCUGCUGGAGAAUUGGGUGGUUUUGGAAAUCGAAUGGCAAUUUUCGGACCAUCAUAAAUUUAAGACCCCUGAACAAACACAUCACUUACCACAAGUUCAGGAUGGAGACCGUCAAGUCAGCGGUGAAGCUCAUCAAAAGAGGGGCUAUGAUGGCUACAAUAGACCUCUCCGACGCAUACUUCCAUAUCCCAAUAUCAUCGGCACCCCGCAUAUUCACCAAGGUUAUGGCGGCGGUCGUAGCCUCCCUAAGCAAGGAGGGGAUAAUAAUUGUCCCUUACCUGGACAACCUGCUAAUAGUGGCAGAAACCUCAGAUCUCCUUCACAGGCACAUCCAAGUGGUUCUCUUGCACCUCCAGAACUUGGGCUGGUUAGUCAACCGGGAGAAGUCUGACCUGCUCCCAGACCAUCGGAAGAUCUUCCUGGGUAUCCUCUCCAAGAGUGCUCCAAAAGUUUCAGUCCGAAAGGUGCAGACUGAUUCUGGUGGUCCCAUUCUGGCCCAGGAGAAGCUGGUUCGGGCUCCUCAGGUCCCUUAG